GUUGAAAAUAAAUACAUAUGUUGACGUUUAUUAAGAUAUAUUUAUAUAUAACGCUUUUAACUGGACCAAAUAAAACGCCGUUGCGCUCAAUUAAAAAAUGGCUAAAAAAAGCUCAAUUCGGACCGUACAAGCAAGCUUUUGACUAUGUUACCGUACGCGAAGGAGCUCACAUGUUCUACUGGUUGUACUACACAACGGCUCCAGUCAAACAUUACACCGAGCGCCCUAUUAUAAUAUGGCUACAAGGGGGCCCUGGCGGCUCCUCCACUGGCAUCGGGAACUUUGAAAUACUUGGACCACAAGAUCUGUCACUGAAAGACAGGAAUUAUACUUGGGUUAAAAAUUUCAACGUGAUGUUCGUCGACAAUCCCGUGGGUACAGGAUUCAGUUAUGUUGAUGAUGUCAAAUAUUUGACUAAAACUAAUUUAGAAAUAGCGACAGACUUUGUUGAACUGAUGAAAGGAUUCUAUGAAUCCCAUCGAGAAUUCGAAGGAGUUCCCGUAUACAUCUAUGGCCAGUCGUAUGGAGGCAAAAUGGCAAUUGACAUUGGUAUUGAAAUGCAUAAGGCAGAAAAAGAGGGCACAUUGAAGUCAAAUCUUCGCGGCAUAGCUAUGGGUAACGCAUGGAUAUCUCCAGUCGAUGCAACAUUAACUUGGGGCCCGUUACUGUUAGCUGCUGGUCUGGUUGACCAAGAUGGCUACGAGAGUAUCCAAGCAGCUGCUAGAAAAGCUGAGAGGCUUUUCAACGAAGGAUCCUAUGUCGAAUCUACGAACCAAUGGGCGCAGACGCAACGUGCGGUGUUUGCCGCCACAACUAGUGUUGAUUUUUACGAUAUUCUAGCGCCAAGAAAUGUAUCACUUCCUGAUACAAAAAAGAGUGCUUAUGAGGUUGCAAGAGAAAUGAUGAUACGAGACUCACCUCUUCGGUCUCGCCGCGAAAGCGAUGAAUGGGACACGCAUAUAUUAAUGAAUACCAGAGUCAAGCAGGCCCUUAAAAUUCCCGAAAAAGUCCGCUGGCAAGCAUCAUCAAAUGCAGUCUUUAACGCUCAAAACGGUGACUUUAUGAAACCAGUCACUGACGGUAUUGAAAAACUACUUAACGAGACAGACAUUAUUCUUACGAAAUACAAUGGAAAUGCUGAUUUAAUCUGUUCCACUCCAGGGCAAAUACUAUGGGUUGAUAGACUUCAAUGGGCGGGAGCUAAACAAUAUAAAAACUCCCCUCGUCGUCCCAUCUGGGAGAACGACCGUCUCGAAGGAUAUUACAAAGCUCAUGGAAACUUCAGAUUCUUCUGGAUCAAUACAGGAAGUCACAGCGCACCAAGAUCCAGCCCCGAAGCUCUUAGUGCUGUUCUACGUGAUAUGACUACGUUUGGAUAAUUUUUAAAGAUGCGACUAAUAAUAUUA